AUGAAAUGGGUUGUUGAGUCGUCUCCGGCGGCUGUCACCCGGCGGAGCGGAAAAACGGCGACUUUGCGGCUCUCCGGCGGCUGUCACCUGACAGAGAGGAGCUGGAUGGAGGUGGGGCUUGUGUCAGGGAGCUUCAUCCUCAGGUCCGCGCAGCAAGAGGAGGCUCUUCAUCGCAUCUGGUACGCUCUCAGGAGGUGGCAACUCGUCUCCUGGCAGAUCGUCCUCUUCCCGACGACGGCUUGUUCGUCGAUCAAUCGGAGAUGAUUUACUCGAUGGAUUCGCAAUCCUUUUAUCGCGAAUCGUUCAGCAAUUUUAGUAGCAAUGCUCCGCAAAUCGCGUUGACGAGAUUUUCGCCGAUGAUCCAGCGAUUCUAGUUGCUUAAUCCUUCACCGGCGAUCUGCAGGAAAGUCGCGCUAAUCAGAUAAAAAUAUAUGAAUUUUGACUCUAGGAGGAUUCGAACCCGCGCCGGUUGUCCGCCCCUUCUGAGGAAGGUGUGACGCGAGUUUAGUCCCACAUCGGUUGUGCGCCGAUUUUUCAGGCGAAUAUAUAGUAAUGUUAGCUUUUGAAGCAAAGUCCCUUCUCUCGCGUGUACGACCACUCCUUGCCCCACAGUCGGCUGGCCACCGGUGACGUGGAAGGGGAGUGGCGCACACGUGCCCCUAUCGGUCCAAGCCGCUCGAGCCCCUGCUCGCGGCUACUCCCCGACUGAGCUUCCGACCCGCUUUCGGGCCCGGCUGGCCGGCGGGUCUCCCCCAUUUUGUAAUAUUUUAGUUUUAUUUCUUUUUCUUCAUUUAUCUCAAAAGUAAGACUGUAAAAAUCAUAUAAAUUCGUAUAAAAUGACAUAAUUACCCAAAAAAUCACAUUAAUCAAUUGAAAACCACUUUUCACACUUUAACAUAAAUAUAAGUCUAUUUAUCACGAGUUAAGGCUAAAACUAUAUUAUUUAUUUAUUAUUAACUCAUGAUAAUGAAGACUUAUCACACCCCCCAACUAAAUAUUAUGCAAUACAUCCCCGGCAACGGCGCCAAAAUUUGACGUGACUUAGUCGUUGUAUAUUAAAUCACGCAAAUAUAAAAUUUAUAAAACUAGAAAAUACGAAUUUUCAGAUAUUUAGAAGUAUUUCUAAAUAAAUAUAGCAAUUAUAAUUUAAUAAAACUUCCAAAAAUAGCGGUAAUUUUCCAGGUCGAUCACAGGGAUGUAAUAUAAUAUCUGGUAAUUAUUCAGAAUUUUUCUCAAUGAAUACGAUUUUCUAUGAAUUUUAUACUAAGAAAUGAAAAGGAAAUAUAUUUAAAAUUCACGAAAAAGGGAAAUAAGGGUGUGGACGUCAAGAUGACGUCAGCGCUCGGCGAGUGCGAAUCGGGCGGAAAUAGAGUUCCACCCGACGAUUCUUACGUAAGCGAUUACAGACGAUUUAAUUAAUCAAAUUAAGAUCUGUAAAAGCCGGAAGAAUCGUAAUAGAACAAAGUAUAUUUUGGUAAAUUAAAAUCACAAAUAAAUAUCACUAAAUGAAGUGUAAAGUAAGUUUAAAGUAGGAAAACAGAGUUUUGGCGUCACGACGGCGAUGUGUCGACGAUGCACCGGAAUCCUGAGCGUUCGGGAGGAUCGUCGUGCAGUGUCCACAGCCUCAAAGGCUCUCCUUGGACAAAGACGACGUGGGCAAUCUCUAGCUCUUCUCGCGAAGUCUAGAGAUCAAUGAAAUGGGUCGUUGAGUCGUCUCCGGCGGCUGUCACCCGGCGGAGCGGAAAAACGGCGACUUUGCGGCUCUCCGGCGGCUGUCACCCGAUAGAGAGGAGCUGGAUGGAGGUGGGGCUUGUGUCAGGGAGCUUCAUCCUCAGGUCUGCGCAGCAAGAGGAGGCUCUUCAUCGCAUCUGGUAUGCUCUCAGGAGGUGGCGACUCGUCUCCCGGCAGAUCGUCCUCUUCCCGACGACGGCUUGUUCGUCGAUCAAUCGGAGAUGAUUUACUCGAUGGAUUCGCGAUCCUUUUAUCGCGAAUCAUUCAGCAAUUUUAGUAGCAAUGCUCCGCGAAUCGCGUUGACGAGAUUUUCGCCGAUGAUCCAGCGAUUCUGGUUGCUUAAUCCUUCACCGGCGAUCUGCAGGAAAGUCGCGAUAAUCAGAUAAAAAUAUAUGAAUUUUGACUCUGGGAGGAUUCGAACUCGCGCCGGUUGUCUGCCCCUUCUGAGGAAGGUGUGACGUGGGUUUAGUCCCACAUCGGUUGUGCGCCGAUUUUUUAGGCGAAUAUAUAGUAAUGUUAGCUUUUUAAGCAAAGUCCCUUCUCUCGCGUGUACGACCACUCCUUGCCCCAUAGCCGGCUGGCCACCGGUGACGUGGAAGGGGAGUGGCGCACACGUGCCUCUAUCAGUCCAAGCCGCUCGAGCUCCUGCUCGCAGCUCACGGCUACUCCCCGACUGA